ACUCUUGUUGGACUUGACCACCGAAAUCUUGGAACGGCGAAAUUUCCAAGUGCUCAUAACAAAUUAAAGUCGCGAGCCGCACAGCGCGAUCACAAUCACAGACACUUUAAAGUCAGGCAACCACAACCACAAACUCUUCUUGCGUUCAAACCAUCAGAGCAAUAAACGGAGCAGCACCGAGAGACCGCCAUGGCCGCCGACCUGCCGGUCUACCUGCUGCUCGCGGUCCUCCUCGCCAUCCCGCUCGUCCUCUUCAUCGCCAGAACACGCCCGGCGCCUCGCAGCCCAGGCGCCGGCGCGGGGCGGCUCCCGCCGGGCCCGUGGGCGCUGCCGGUCAUCGGCCACCUGCACCACCUCGCCGGCGCGCUCCCGCACCGCGCCCUGCGCGACCUCGCGCGCCGCCACGGCCCGCUCAUGGCGCUCCGCCUCGGCGAGCUCCCGGUCGCGGUGGCCUCGUCCCCGGACGCCGCCCGCGAGGUCAUGCGGACCCACGACGCCGCGUUCGCGUCGCGGCCGCUGAGCCCCAUGCAGGAGCUCGCGUACCAGGGCGCCGAGGGCGUCAUCUUCGCGCCCUACGGCGAGGGGUGGCGCCGGCUCCGGAGCAUUUGCACGCUGGAGCUCCUCAGCGCCCGCCGCGUCCAGUCCUUCCGCGCCGUCCGCGAGGACGAGGCCGGGCGCCUCCUCCGCGCCGUCGCGGCGGCCGCGGCGGCGGCGGCGCCGGUCAACCUGAGCGAGCGCGUGGCGGCGUACGUCGCGGACUCCACGGUGCGCGCCAUCAUCGGCAGCCGGUUCGAGCACCGCGACGCGUACCUGCGGAUGCUGCAGGAGGGGCUCAAGAUCGUGCCCGGGAUGACCCUGCCGGACCUCUUCCCGUCCUCGCACCUCGCCCGGCUCCUCAGCCGCGUCCCAGCCCAGAUCGAGGGCCAUCGCCGUGGCAUGCGGCAGUUCAUCGACACCAUCAUCGCGGAGCACCGGGAGAGCAGGGCGUCCGGCAACGACAACGACGAGGACUUGCUCGACGUCCUCCUGAGACUCCAAAAGGAAGUCGACUCCCAGUAUCCGUUGACUACCGAGAACAUCAAGACCGUCAUGCUUGACAUGUUUGGCGCCGGUAGCGAGACGUCGGCGACGACACUGCAGUGGGCGAUGGCGGAGCUGCUGCGAAACCCAAGAGUGAUGCGGAAGGCGCAGGACGAGGUCCGGCGAGCCCUCGCCGGCCACGACAAGGUGACAGAGGACAAGCUAGCCAGCCUCCACUACCUCCCGCUCGUCAUCAAGGAGACGCUCCGGCUGCACCCGCCGGCGCCACUACUCCUACCACGCAGAUGCGGCAGCGCAUGCCGGGUGCUCGGGUUCGACAUCCCCGAGGGAACCAUGGUGAUCGUGAACGCAUGGGCGAUCGGCAGGUACCCAGGGCACUGGGACAGGCCCGACGAGUUCUCGCCGGAGAGGUUCGAGGAGAGUGGAAGGGACUUCAGAGGGACGGACUUCGAGUUCAUACCGUUCGGCGCCGGGCGGCGGAUGUGCCCCGGCAUGGCGUUCGGGCUGGCGCACGUCGAGCUGGCCCUCGCGGCGCUGCUGUUCCACUUCGACUGGGAGCUACCGGGAGGGAUGGCGGCCGAGGAGCUCGACAUGACCGAAGCGUUCGGGGUCACGACGCAGCUGCGGUCUGACCUUGUGGUUGUACCUCGUGUCCCGGUGUCCACUGGGUGAACAUAGAUUUUUUUUUUCCAAGGAGGUUACAGAGUUAGCGUAGCUUUAUUCGAGAAAAUUUAGUGUCACGCUUGUGACAAAAAAGGAGAAGGAAUUAGUUGUGGCGGGAAAAGCUGAAUAUUGGGUUAAAAAAUUAGGUAGGGGUAUACUUUCAAGGUUUUUUUUCCCGAAACA